AUGCAACCAUCCCAAGCUAGGAUCGGUUUUAUCGAAAUUAUAGCAGUUCUAGUUAAAGCAGUUGAAAUUUAUAAAGGUUAUCAUCCUAGAAAUAUACAAUUAAUUCCAUUAGCAUUAUUUUUAAAUUCAAAUAAAUCAGAUAAAGGUAGAUUAGCUAAAAUUUCAACUGGUGAAGUUACUAGUUCAAAAAUAUUAGCACAACAUGAUGCGAGUAAUGAUCCAAAAGAAGGUUAUAAAAUAUUUUUUAAUUUAUUUGGUUUAAAUGUAAAUAAUAAUUGUGAUAAUACAUGUGAUGAUUCAGAUACUGGUGAAAAUGAACAUAAAGAACGAUAUUUAAAUAAUGAAAUUAUUUAUGAUAAAACUAGUUAUUUUCAACGUGAUAUUUUAUUAAAAAAUUUUUUUGGUGAAAAAAUAUGUGAAAAAGUUGUAAAUACUGUAAUUGUUGAUGAAGUUGAUAAUAUGAUUAUUGAUAAUGCUACAACAAACAUUAUAUAUAUAUCACAUAAUAUAAUUGAUAUGCGUUAUUUAAGAGAUUUAUCUAUACAAAUAUGA